GCCCGGACGUGAGGCGGCGGCGGACGGGGCGGUGAUUGGCGGAGCGGGGCGGGCCCGGACGUGAGGCGGCGGCGGGCGAUGGAUCUCGGGGGCGGCGGUCCCGCGGCGGGGCCCGGGCCGGCGCUGGGCCAGGGCGGCCUGGAGGCCCUGCAGCACACGGUGGGCUCGGUGCUGUCCAGCUAUGGCUGGUACGUGCUCCUGGCCGCGGUCGCCGUGUAUCUCGUGGUGCAGAAGGUGUCCCGCAGCCUGGCGGCGCGGCCCGGCGCCCGGCCCGGAGCAGCUGAGGCGGCGGAGGAACCUGAUGUGGUGGUAAGAAGGCAGGAAGCUUUGGCAGCAGCUCGCCUCAGGAUGCAAGAGGAAUUAAAUGCUCAAGCAGAAAGAUACAAAGAAAAACAAAGACAGCUGGAGGAGGAGAGGCGAAGGCAGAAGAUCGCGAUGUGGGAGAGUAUGCAGGAAGGAAAGAGCUACAAAGGAAACCUGAAACUGAAUCAGCAAGAAGUAGAAUCUGGUGCCUCUGCCUCAGCAGUCCCGAAAUCUAAACCAAACAAAAAGCCUUUGAGAGGAGGUGGCUAUAACCCCCUGUCUGGAGAAGGAGGAGGGACGUGCUCCUGGAGGCCCGGCCGGCGCGGCCCGUCAGCGGGUGGAUGAGGCUAACGUCCCUAGUGUCCCCUGGCACUAGCAGGCUUGAUCUUACCCCAUCUAGCUGCCUGCAGCUGGCCUGUCACAGGGACUCCUUGGGGGCUGUUUAGUGCACUUGUUAACUUAAAACAGGGUUUUUGUUUGUUUGAUUGACACCGUUUCCAAAUUGUGACGCAUUGGCUGGUUCUGCACCAGAAAAAUACCUGAUCCUCUCAGAGAGGGCAAGGAGAGAAGCAAUUUCAGUAUAAUCAGUAAUUUUCACUCUUCUGUAGAGAGGGAGCUUAGUCUCCAGCCAAGGUGAAUCACCUGGGAUUGUGAGAUCUGGGCUCUCUGGCAAAUAUAGUUAUCUAAGCUCACUUUACCUCAGUAAGAUGAGGGUAUUUACCAUCCUCAGACCUGUUACCAGAUUUACCUUGCAGCUAAACACAGCCAUUUAGAGAGGAAGGAUAUUAUCUUUGGCAGACACCUUGAAUUUAGGCAGAGGGACUUUCAGAAAAAGCACAGGUGAUCUGACAAAUGCCACGGAUUUGCACCGAAGGCCAGUUAUUGCAGAAGAGUCUCUGUGACAAGCCAGCUUGAAUGAUGUUUUCCUUAUAAAUGGUAAACAAACCAGUGAGGAUUACUGAUGCUAGACAGCAGACGGGGGGGUCUUGCUAUUCCUUUUUUUUUUCUUUUUUUUAAUUUCAACUGCUUUGUAAAAACAAAACACUAUUAAUAUUAAAUAUAAUUGCAAACAUCAUAAA